CAAUCAGAUGCUGUCGAUAGAUUCAAGGCGACGAUAACGAAGAUGAUGUCUCUCAGAAAUCCAUGAAGAGCAUCGUGAGAAACACCCUCUGCCGCGAACCCUGAACCUGGUCAACGAACACCACCAUGCAGGCCGGCAACAUUCUUCAGAUCCCUUUCCGGAGGACGCACAGCUUGCAAUUGUCAGAGGCAAUACGGAACUAUAUCUCGACCAAGUAUGAUCAACAUCCGGACACAUUUGCCAGAGAUCUGGAGAUUAUCGAUCAGCUGCGCAAAGAUGCUGUCACUUCGAUGGAGCCGCACUCCAGUGGGGUCAGAAAACUGCAGGCGUAUACAGCACAGUUGGUCUGGAUGGGUGGAAAGUUCCCGGUGGAUAUAGGAGCCGACUUCACAUGGUAUCCUUCCCUAGGCUACCACACCACCCGAGCCCAUACCGAGAACAACAUCCGCUUCGAACUCGCCAAUAUCCUCUUCAAUCUCGGAGCGAUGUACUCGCAACUCGCCCUGUCGUCCAACCGAGCCACGACGGACGGUCUAAAGAGCGCCGCCAACAAUUUCUGCUUCGCAGCGGGAAUCUUCCACCACUUGAACGAGAAAGUUAUACCCGACUUGAAGUCCACACCACCAGAAGAUAUGGACACACCCACACUCGAAGCUCUGAAAUCAUUGAUGCUCGCUCAAGCACAGGAAUGCUUUUGGCAGAAAGCUGUCAAGGAUGGGAUCAAGGACAGCAUCAUCGCAAAGUUGGCGGCCAAAGUCAGCGAUCUUUACAAUGAGGCGAACGAGUGGUCGGUCAAAUCGGAGAGUGUGCGCAGCGAGUGGAUACACCAUAUGAAUGCGAAGCAUCACCAUUUCGCGGCGGCGGCACAGUAUCGAGCGGCGUGUGAUGUUUUGGAGAAGAGGAAGUAUGGAGAAGAGGUAGCGAGGUUGAGGGAUAGUCUGAAUUGUGUCAACCUGGCAUUAGGAGAGUCAAGACACGUUAAUAAGGCUGUCUUGGGCGAUCUGACUGGGUUGAAGAACAGGGUUUCGGAGGAUUUGAAGAGGGCGGAGAAGGACAACGAUACGAUAUAUCUGCUUCCGGAACCGCCGAAGAGCGAGUUGAAGACGUUGGAUCGGGCGAGUAUGGUCCAGGCGAGGGUGCCGAAUGAGGUUGCCAACUCACAGGAGAUGCUUGGAGAUCGUGGAGAGUUGGGAAAGCCGCUAUUCGCGAAGCUUGUGCCAUACAGCGUGCACGUUGCGGCGUCGAUAUACGCCGACAGGAGGGAUCGAUUGGUGAACAACACAAUCAUCUCAGAACUGGAAGCGAUGACACAGCGAAUACACGAAUUGCUGUCGAGCCUGAAUCUACCAGGAUCUCUGCAAGCACUUGAGAAGCCUCUAGGCCUCCCUCCUGGACUUGCCAGCCACGCAGACGAAGUCCGCCAAUCGAAUGGCGUGCAUCGCCUUCACGCCACAAUCGCCGACACGGAGAAGCUCAAAGCCAACAAUCGCGUCCUCUACCAAGAAGGCAUCGACCUCCUCCGCACAGAAGCCAGCGAAGACGAAGCCGCCCGUCGGAAAUUCGGCACAGACCGCUGGAAUCGCCCUUCCGGCACCGACGUCGUCCCCAAACUCUACCAACAAGUCACCGACAUCGAAGGCUACCUCCGCCAAGCCGACACGUCCGACAAACUCGUCCAAUCCCGCCUUCGCGAGAACGAAAGCCUCAUCCGCCUCCUCGCCGGCUCCGACCGCGACCUCGAAGACUACGUCCCCUCCUCCCGCCGCGCAACCAUGACCGCCAAAGUCGAGCGCGAAGCCAACGCCCUCCGCGCCUCCCUCAACGAAGUCUCCCGCCUCGAAACCCGGCGCCGCAAAAAAGUUGAAGCCCUCCGCGCCAAAGCCAAAGAAGACGACGUUAACUCCGACCUCCUCCGCGAAGCUGCCCGUUUGGAACGCGAGUUUCCCAUGAUGCCCGUGCAAGCCUCGCAGUUCGAACCGCUAUUCGACGAGCGACUGACGAAAUACGACAUCGAUCAAAACGACUUGAAAAAGGAAGACGCCGAACAAUCCCGCCUUCUCGCUCGAGUCAGCGAAACAAACCUCUCCUUCCAAAAUGCCAAGCGAGGAGACACCUCUUCCAAAGAACGCGAGACCGCGCUGCAAAAUCUCGAGGGCGCGUAUACAACCUACAAAGAUCUAAUGGGCAACCUCGAAAAGGGCCGCAAAUUCUACAAUGAACUCUCCGCCAUCACGACCCGGUUUCGAGACGAGUGUAGGAAUUUCGUCUAUGCUCGUCGCACGGAAGCGCAGGAUAUGGAGGGGGAUUUGGAUACCCGUAUGGCGAAUUUGCAGUUGCAGAGAGGGCAUCAGGAUGCUUUGCUAGGGGAGAGGGAGAGGCAGCAGCAGGUUCAGCAGACUCAGCAGCAGAUGCCGCCGACGCUAAGGAGUGAGCCGAUUGCGGCGCCGAUGCCUCAGAGAGUGCAGGCUGGUCCGCCGGCUGUGGCGAGUGUAAAGAGCCCGGUGCCGCAGAAUGGAGGCACGCCGAGUGGGCCGACGACGUGGAAGGAGGGGAUGCCAAUUGUGUUUGGGGCGCCGCCGGGAGGUAGGUGA